AUGUCCUCGCAAGCUACGCUUUCUGCCGCUGAGCGCUUCUCUCUCAUCACUCGCGACCUCGACGAAGUGCUCGGCGCCGACAUCAUCAAAUCCGUCCUCGAGAAAGACGAACGACCCCUCUCCGCCUACUGGGGCACUGCGCCCACCGGACGUCCUCACGUUGGCUACCUCGUGCCCCUUACAAAGAUCGCCGACUUCCUCCGCGCGGGCGUUGAGGUCAAGAUCCUCCUCGCCGAUAUCCAUGCGUUCCUGGACAACCUGAAAGCUCCCAUUGAGCUCGUCCGUCAUCGAGUCAACUACUACCGACAUGUCCUCACCGCAGUGUUCAAGGCGAUCGGCGUUCCGACCGACCGAUUGGUAUUCGUUGUGGGAAGCAGCUACCAGUUGACGGAGGCCUACAAUAUGGACAAUUACCGACUGUGCGCUUCGGUCACGGAGCACGAUGCUAAGAAAGCCGGUGCUGAGGUGGUCAAGCAAGUCGCGAGUCCGUUGCUUUCUGGAUUGCUCUACCCCGGAUUGCAGGCGUUGGACGAGCAGUAUCUGGGCGUGGACAUGCAAUUCGGAGGUGUCGAUCAGCGCAAGAUCUUCACGUUUGCCGAACAGUACCUUCCCAAACUCGGAUACACAAAGCGCGCGCAUCUCAUGAACGCCAUGGUGCCUGGGUUGAAGGGCAGCAAAAUGUCCAGCUCGGACAACUCUAGCAAGAUCGACUUCCUCGAUACACCAAAGGAGGUUUCCAAAAAGAUCGCGGAUGCCGUCUGCGCUCCCGGCGAGAUCGAUGGGAACGGUGUGCUCGGAUUCGUCCGUGCCGUCCUCUUCCCCAUCGCCCGCUUGAGGGUGGAAUCCGAAACCAUGGGUACACCUGUUUCCGAGGCCCAAGGUGCAUCCCGUUCCUUUGUGGCGCAGGAUGCCCCGAAGGGUACCAUGUUCAGCAUCGUCCGAUCCGAAAAGUACGGCGGUUCGCUUCACUACGACGACUACUCGAAGCUCGAAUCCGACUACGCUACCGGAGCCAUCCACCCCGCCGACUUGAAAAAGGCUGUCGCAGAGGCCAUCAGCACCCUCCUCGAGCCAGUUCAAAAACUCUUCGAGACCGAUGCAGAGUUCAAGAAGGCGAAAGAGGAUGCCUACCCGGAGGAUGCAGGGCCGGUGCAGAAGAAGAAGGAGAAGAAGAUCAAUCCGAGAAACGCGCAUUUCUACACCAAGGAGGAGGGUGGAACCGCAGAGACCAAGGAGGAGGCCUUGAGGAAUCAGAAGGAGGAUAAGAAGCAGAAGGCAGCCGCAAAGGCGCAGAAGCAGCCGGAGCCGAGGUUGCCCGCGGACAAGGACGAGGCCAAGGCGACACCGAAGGAUGAGGAGAACGAGACGUUUGUCGAGGCUACACGUGCUGGGUUGGACAAUGUCGAUCUGAACAAGCAGUAG